CCAGAUGCAUUGGCAGAGAGGAAAAGAUAGCUUUUUUUGUUUUGUUUAUUACACCUGUUCGGAAUGUGAGGUGAAAGAAUAAAGCGACACUUUGAGAUAAAGAAGCAAGAAAGAGCUCAUGGAGAGACGCGCCAUGAAGCAGCAGCGGGGCGCGAACCUCUCAUAGGUCAUUAUCGUGUGCGUGUGUGUGCGUGUGUGUCUGUGUGUGUGUGUGUGUGUGUCACAAACAUUGAAUCAUGAACUUGUCGGAGUCCGCGUGGCCCUUGGAGGAGCCGUGGAACCUCAGCAGAGCGCAGGAGGAGGACGAGAAACUUUUGUUCGGCAUCGGCACGGAUAAUUUCAUCACGCUGCUGGUUUUCGGGCUCAUCUUCUCUCUCGGGGUGCUGGGCAACUCCAUGGUGAUCAUCGUGCUGGCCCGCAGCAAACCGGGGAAACCGCGCAGCACCACCAACAUAUUCAUCCUCAACCUGAGCAUCGCGGACCUGUCCUACCUGCUCUUCUGCAUCCCGUUCCAGUCCACCGUGUACAUGCUGCCGACGUGGGUCUUGGGCGCAUUCAUUUGCAAAUUCAUCCACUAUUUCUUCACCGUGUCCAUGCUGGUGAGCAUCUUCACCCUGUCGGCCAUGUCCGUGGACCGGUACAUCGCCAUCGUGCACUCCAGAAAGUCCUCUUCCAUCCGGGUGGCGAAGCACGCGUUGAUCGGGGUGGUGGUGAUUUGGAUACUCGCUCUGGCCAUGGCGGCGCCGGUCAUGUACUACCAGAACAUCUUCCACGGAGGAGAGAACCACACGUACUGCUGGGAAGUGUGGCCCCCGAACCAGAAGAAGAUCUACGUGGUGUGCACGUUCGUGUUCGGUUACGUGCUGCCUCUGCUGCUGAUCUCCUUCUGUUACGCAAAGGUUUUAAAUCACUUGCACAAAAAACUAAGAAAUAUGUCCAAAAAGUCAGAGGCGUCAAAGAAAAAGACGGCCCAGACGGUCCUGGUGGUGGUGGUGGUGUUCUGCCUCUCUUGGCUCCCUCAUCACGUGGUGCACCUGUGGGUGGAGUUCGGCACCUUCCCGCUGAACCAGGCGUCCUUCGUGCUGCGGGUGGCCGCCCACAGCCUGGCCUACAGCAACUCGUCCGUCAACCCGGUGAUCUACGCCUUCCUGUCGGAGAACUUCCGGAAGGCGUACAAGCAGGUGUUCAAAUGCCAGAUCGGCGCCAGAGACUCCCCGCUCAACGGCAUCCGGGAGAUCCGCAGCAAGGCGGACACGCCGCCCUCCACCAACUGCACCAACGUCUGAGCGGGAAGUGUGCCCCGCCCGUCCCACUGACUCGCAAUGUAAAGUCACGGGGGACAGAGACGUGAGUGUGUGUGUGUGUGUGUGUGUGUCCUUUAUUGAAGGUAGGUGUGGUUGCUUGGAUAUUGCUGCAGCCAUACGGUUCCACAAACCUGGACCAGAGAGGACGUCGAGAGGCUUCGGUUGAGAAGAUCCUAUACCCGACUAUUAGUGGUUUAUCCGCUUCAUUCGCGCCUUAGAGGGGGCGGGGCUUAUCUCCGUGGCUUUACUCCGUGGAAACAGUUAUUAUUCAUCCACCAUGAAGAACUAACCACUAGUUCUGCUUCAUACUUGUUGAGGACGUCCCACAAACGUCGGAACAUCUAACGCCCUUGUGUUCGGGUUCAUAACAUUAAUAUCAUAUAUAUUUAGAUAUAUUUAUACAUCACCCGUAGGCUCACACAGCUCGGUGACAUUCACCCACUACGUCUGGAUAACUGCCGCUUCCAGCGCUACUAGAGCAGCAGUCAGAUUCACCAACGAGCAUCUCUACGCUGAUUGGCUUUCGCGACUCAGCGUCGGACAAAUUUUUCCGCUUGCCGCUAAUCGCGUCAUUCCGCCCGGCGAAAAAUUCCCUUUAAUUGCAUCCGUGCAUCGACUUUGCAUGAAAUGUACUUCGCUGUGAACGCAGCGUUAGAGUCGACACGCGUCUCCCCGAAAAUUGUCGGAAAUGUAAAUUCUGACAAUUCACCCGUGUUGCAAAUGACACUUUCCAGAGGUGGAGGCCGGCUCUACGACGAUAGACCCCAGAGCUCACUAGAAGUCAGACGUCUGAAUGUAUUCACUGCACGAGGUUUUCUCAAACUGCUUCUGAUGAAAUUCGGGAGAAAUCCAACAGUUACAAGGACAUUCUGACGAAUUUAAACACUUUUUCUUUUUUAAACGCUCGUCAAGAGCCACAGCAGCUGCGCCGACUCCUCCAUCACGCUCUUCGUGGUUUCCUCGGGAAAAGGGACUGACGAUGUCCUCGGAGUUGCGUAUUAUACCAUGUGACUGUGGUCCACUUUCUCAGUGUUCACUCAACAACCGUGUCAGGAGACCACAACACAGGAGCCGUGUUUUCCAUGUCAGCAGGUGUCACUGAUUGUUGCCGUGGAAACCUCUUCUCCAUCACGGAAACGCGGCCCUGGAGGCUUUUUUGAUGCGGGAAAAGCAGCUUUUGCAAGUGCCUCCUUGAUUACAGUACACUUCCAUAUUCUCUCUCUCUCACUGAAAAGUAGUUCUAUUAGGGUGGGGUCCAUUUUUUUUUAGGUCGUCUUUUUUUUGGAGAAACCGGGCCCUGGACACGGAGCCGGAGGCUGACCCCGUGAGGAACAACAAAGAAUCCCAUUUCUAUAAAUUCAUUUCAGAAGACGAUCAGGUGUGUUUGUGUGUGUCUGGAAGUGUUUAAAGGAAAGUAAAAGUCAGAGUGGUUCCAAGUAUCGAAACUAAUACCACCACUGUAGAUAAAAAACUAUCAUUGUUAUUGCACCCAGGACGAUUAAAGCCUGUGUUUUAAAUUUGUUUGUUAAUAUUAUGAAGCGGAUAUUCACGUACGCCUCCCUCAAAUCGUUGGCUGUCACGUCACGUCAACAGUUUCCAUAUCGUGCGGAGCUGUGCGCCCGAGCCGGCCUGAAGGUCACAUAAAGCUCGAAUGCUCGUUUUUAUUGCACCAUUUCCGGUCGCCAUCUUUAUCACCACGAGAAGAAAAAAAAGGUCAAAAAAUGUGACGUUAUUAUGCGAUAUGUAUGUGAUGUGCCAAGACUCUCUACACAGCAGCUUUACCUCAACACAACAUCAAAAAACAACGCAACCAUCGGAGAGCUUUAACUCUGGAGCUCACGCGGUAUUUAAUGCACGUCUCCGGAGCGGCCUUCGUUGUGGAUUUCCCGCCUGUGGAGAGGCGGCGAGGCGGCGAGGAGGGGGUGAGUCCGCUGCGGCUGACAUGGCUGAUUAACACCGACUUCAACCGGAGAGGAGGAACUCGUCUCUGCAAUCAGACGAUUUUUUUUCAUCCUCCUUGUCGGAGAGGAUCUGAAAGUCGAGGACCGUUUCCGAUGCGUUGAAAGACUUUGC